AUGGCAGCUCCGGCAGAGAGCGAAGCCUUUCUUUCCAGAGAGCUCCCCGCCGUGACCACUCAGCCAGCAUCCAGGAAUGACGCGCGCCGGAUGGUUGCGGUUUUUGGCUGCUCCAUCGCCGGUGUAUUUGUCUGCUCGCUUGCAGUCCUCUGCUUCCUCAGGAGCUCAGUUCCACGAGCCACAUUCCUGCGGGGAUCUGACCUGAUGCAAGGUUACGAGGACACGUGCUUCAAAGUUGGCAUGUACUACGCGGACCCUGCAAGGUUACCCUCGCUGCCGAGAACCGUGCAGCCAGACGCCCAGGCGUGCCAGGCCGAGUGCAUGCUGCAGAUGGGUUGCCAAUAUUUCACGUUCUGGCCGGACGGUGGCUGUCUGCUAACUGGCUGGGGCGCAACGCUGAAGGCUGUUCCUACCCGCUUUGCUCAGACCGUCACGGGGCCAAAGGAAUGCCCCUUGACACCUCCCACAGCCCAGCGUCAACCAUCGUCUGACAGCCACCGCCCUCAGCCCUCAGCAGCCAUGAGCGAGUCUGGAGUGGUGAAGUUCUUCAACGCUGUGGAUAGCUAUGGCUUCAUCCGCCUCAACGGGUGUCCCAAGGGGUCCAAGGGCUCCGACGUCUAUGUGCACCGCAGCGCCAUCGCUGAUGGCAAGCACCUCCUGCGCGGUGAUAAGGUUUGCUUCGAUGUGAUAGAGGAAGACGGGCGAAAGCAAGCCUUGCGAGUGACCGGGGGUACCGGAGGCUGUGGGCUGACAUUUGCAAGUAAUGUGGACCGGUCGCCGAUCAAAGGCCUGCUUGGUUUCGUGAAGAAGUCGUUUCCCAAGGGUUAUGGCUUUAUAAAGCAGGAUGAUGGCGGGUCUGACUUGUUCUUCCAUCAGAACGCCUUAGCGCAAGAAGGCGAGAUGCCUGCAGUUGGCACCCGGGUGCGCUACGACAACUUGUGGGACGAGAAGAGGGGCUGCCGCAAGGCCUUCGAGGUGGUUCUGCUGGAGACCGCAGAGCCUGCACCGAAGGAAGCAGUGCAGGCGGCAGAGGAGGAGGAUGAUGAUCAUGAUGAUGAGGAGUAUGGCUUGGUCAGUAGUGAUGACGAUGAAUGGGAAGUUGUGGCGUAG